AUGAACUCUGCAAGCGAAAUGGGCAAGGAGUUAACUGAUAUUCAAUUAGCAGAAUAUGAACCAAACAUUAUCAGUUUAGAAAAGAAAAUCAAAACCCCUGACUAAAUCAUUAGAGCCGAACCAGAAAAAGAGAGAGCCUUAAUUAAAGAAUCUAGUUACCACAAGGACACUAAAAGUGAAAAAUAAGAAGAGGAGUCAAAACGAAUUACUGAGUAACCAAGCGAUAUCAAAUGGAGCAUCAAACAAAGCAUGUUUGUCAAAAUCAAUUCUCGUAAAAAUGUUGGUGAAUACUAUGUAAUCAAGGAGUUAAUUGGACAAGGCGGAUUUGGGAAGGUUUACAAAGUGACACAUCGUUAAACUGGCAUGGUUAGAGCCAUGAAGUAGAUUCUAAAGCAGCGCAUGAAGAAAGAAGACUAGCAAAAAUUACUUCAAGAAACCCAAAUUUUAAUGGAUAUUGACCAUCCUAAUAUUGUAAAGCUAUAUGAAAUGUUCCAAGACGAUCAUUCUUAUUAUCUUCUAAGCGAAUACUGUGAGGGUUAUACAUUAUUUAUAUAAUAAGGUGGAGAAUUAUUUGAGAAAAUUAAAAUUGCCUAAUUUCUGACUGAGAAAGAAAUUGCCUCUUAUAUAAAAUAAAUUCUUUCUGCAGUCUCUUAUUGUCAUUAAAUGAAUAUCGUACAUAGAGAUCUAAAACCUGAAAAUGUUGUUUUCGAUGCUAAGCAUUAGGGAGCCAAUAUAAAAAUUAUUGACUUUGGAGCUAGUGUCAAAAUUGAAAACUCUGAAAAACUAAACAAAAAAAUUGGAACCCCAUUUUAUGUUGCUCCAGAAGUCUUGUAUGGCUCAUAUGAUGAAAAAUGCGAUAUUUGGUCAAUUGGAGUAAUCUUGUAUGUACUUUUAUGUGGAUAUCCCCCAUUCUUUGCCCAAAACGAAGCUCAAGUUCUUGCAAAAGUGAAAAAAGGAACUUAUCAAUUUGAUUCUCAAGAUUGGGCUAAAGUUUCAUUAUAGGCCAAAGAUUUAAUAAGAAGGAUGCUCUUUUUUAAUCCAUCUCAAAGAAUAAGUGCAAAUGAUGCUCUAUAACAUUAAUGGAUUACUAAUAAUAAGUCAAAAGGUUAACUAAAUAAUUUAAGUUUGAAAAAGCUUCAAGAUUUUGAUUCAAAAAAUAAACUAAAAUAUGCAAUUCUCUAAUUUAUUACAGUAUAAGUAAUUACAAGUUAAGAGAAAGAUGAAUUAAUGAAAAACUUUCAAGAAAUAGAUAAAAAUGGAGAUGGCACUGUAAGUAAGGAAGAAUUAUUAAAUGCUUAUAUUAAAUUAUAUAAAGGUGAUUAACUGGCUGCAUAAUCGAUUGUAGAUGACUUAUUUCCUCAUUUAGAUGCGAAUGGAUCUGGGAAGGUAGAUUUCAGUGAAUUUAUUACUGCUUCAAUAAAUAAGGAUAGGUCAUUGAGCAAAAAGAAAAUUGAAUAAUCUUUCAAAUUAUUUGACUUAGAUGGGAAUGGACUUAUAACAAAGACAGAAAUCAAUUAAUUGUUUGGGGAUGAGAUUGAUGACAACAUGUGGAAGGAGAUACUAAAGGAAUGUGAUGCAAAUUAAGACGGGAUGGUAUAAAACUAAAUAAUGUUGUAGAUAUCAUUAAGUGAAUUUAUCAAUUUAUUGGAGAGCAAAUUUAAAGGAAAACUUUGA